GUGGGAAAUCUAGUACAAACUGCAGCGAUCGCAGCCGCCGGCCCGGCCCGGUGACACUACGAUCGACGUCACCGCACUCAUCAUACAUACACAUCGCGUCGGUCGCCCGCGUUCCCAGCACGCACACAGGCACCCCCGCGGCCGCCCAUGAAGGCGCAACAAUCCGUCGUCCUCCCGCUGCACCGGCCCAAACGGCUGGCCUUCAGCGGCGUCGAGCAAGCCCGUGCGCCCGGGAAUCACGUUGUCUCUAGGCUCGUGGGCCGGCUGAGCCACGGGACCGUUGGCCGCGGCGCGACGAGGAUCUGGCGCAUCUGCACGACGACGCUGACGGGCUCGCUCGCGGAGACGUUCCGGCUCCCCAAGAGCAGCGAGGGCGACAGCGAGGAGGUGCGCCCGGAGGUCAAGGACCCGGGGUUCGCCGAGGAGAAGCACGACGAGCCGCCCGAGGAGGAGGAUCCCGAUGCCCUGGACAUCGUCGUCGUCGAUAUCGAAGACCCCGUCGAGAACCACAUUGAUAAAAUCGACACCCGGCAGUCCGACAGCUCGCGCCACUCGAAUUAUGGGGGUAGCAACAGCACCGGGCAGCGGAACGGCAAGAACCGGGACGAGGACGGCUUUGAGACGUCCAGCAACUAUCAGGGCGGUUUUCUGUCCUGGAUCCGUCACCGCGGAUGGCCGGAGGUGGUCGAGUUUUUCGAGCCACGGUUCCCGGACCCGCACGAGGAGAUGUACCAGAAGCAAACAUGGCAUUCAAUGAAGUUCAUGGCGUUCCUCGGUUCGCUUUUCCUCGUCCUCAACUGGAUUCUAUACCUGGUCCUCAACAACAGCAGCACCCAACAUCAUUUGUAUGAUAAAAUUAUCUAUUGGGGAGCGUUCACGGCAAUCACUCUUCCGGUUCCAGUGAUGGUCGCUCUCGACAUGCCCUAUCGCUCGCCUGUGAUAUUCCAGAUCUGGUUCUGCGUCGCCGCCUGGUACUGCGGCUUCACCGAGAUGGUCGAAAUGCGUGAAUGUCACUUCUUCGUCCCGGCACACAAGAAGUGCUUCGGCAAAGAUUUUUUGGAAAUGAGCUAUUACUCGACGGGCUUGCCGGCCCUGAUGAUGUUUAUUGGCUCAAAGCGCAUUUACAACCUUGCCGCUGUGACAGCGUCCUUUGUCUUGCAGGUGGUCUUGAUUCUUCCCGAUCAGACGAUCUUUGCGCGCAACAUUGUGCUUUUUGUGGUGUUCUGGGUCUUCACGCUAACAGUACACCACAAUACAGAGAAUGCAAAGCGAAAGAUGUUUUUGCUGGCUUUGCAGCUGAAGCAAGCUUAUAGGGCCAAACAAAAAGCCCGUGCCGCCCCUUGGAGUUCUUCCGCAGUACUCACCAUCAAUCACGUUCCAGGUCUUGCCCUGCAAAUCCUGCAGGCGGACAAUGCUUUCAGGGAGGAUACCGUGCUCAGGCGCAAGGAGAUCUACGCGCUCGAACAGGGCCUGAAUAUGAUGACCACCGUUUUGAACGACGUGCUGGACUUCGAGAAAAUGAACAUGGGCCAUUUCGAGGCCAACGACAAGCCCUUCCCGCUCCACCACUCGAUCCGCAACUUGCUUGAUUUGAUCCAAGUGCAGACGGACGCCCGAGGGCUUAUCUUGGAGCGCCAGCUCGACGAGCAGAUCGACACGGAGCCGCUCACCGCAGAGCACGGGGGAGCACCGCAACCCGAGGGUCUCUGGGUCCUGGGUAGCGAGCUGCGGCUGCAACAAGUGAUCACCAACCUCGCUACGAACGCGGUCAAGUACACGCCGGAGGGCCAGGGCAGCAUCCGCAUCUCGACCGAGUUCUUGGGGAUCACGACGCGGGAAAAGCAGCCGGGAGACGGCGAUGACUCGGACGACGAGAUGGACGACGCUGCGGCCUUCGAACGGCCCCGUGCGGCUCCCGAACGGUCGCGCAAGCACUCUUCGAACAGCCCUAGUCACAACAGCACCCCGCCGCUGUCACGCAAAGGCAGUGCGAAUGGGACGCGAUGUCUCACUUUCAAGCUUAUCGUGCAUGACUCGGGUCCGGGAAUCAAGCCGUCCGACUUGGUCAAGGACAGGCUCUUCCAGCCGUUUGCUCAGACCUCGACGGGCAAAUCCAGUGGAUCUGGGACGGGGCUGGGAUUGGCUAUUGUCAAGCAGAUCGUCAAGGUUUGCGGCGGGAGACUGGGCGUCAUUUCCCGACCUGGUGAAGGAUGCAAGUUCUGGGUCCAGUUGACGUACCCUCUUGCGUCAGAGGCAGAAGUCCAAGCCAGUCGAGAACUGAAUGCGUCGCCGAGGCCGAUACACUCGAUCUGGAAGGAGGGGUCUUUCGUCCCGUAUGCGAAGCCGCGCAUAAUGGUCGAUCGGCCUGGGAUCCCGUCAUCGUCGGUUUCGUUCGAGUAUCCGCCGCCGCCGUUGACGCCAGCAGUAUCCGAAGCAAUAGCGCCGCCGCUUCCCCGGUACGAGAGCAACCCGGCGCCGGUCGAGGUUCCUCCGCCCGUGCCGUUGGCUGCGCCCGUGCCGUUGGCCGCGCCCGUGCCGUUGGCCGCGCCCGUGCCGUUGGCCGCACCCGCGCCUACCCGGGCGGAUCCCAUUUCGGUGCUGGUGGUGGACGACGAUGUGACUACACGGAUGCUGUCCUCAAAACUGUUGAGCAAGCUUGGGUGUGUUGUGCGGACGGCCGAGGACGGGCAGGAGUGUGUGCAGAUAGUGCUCAACUCGCCUCCGCAUACCUUCGACCUGAUAUGUCUCGACAACUUUAUGCCUGUGAUGACCGGGGAGCAAGCGGUCAGAGAACUGCGGGCCCAUGAGCGCGAUGACUUUGUCGUCGGGUGCACAGGGAACGCGCUGACUGAGGACCAGCAGACGUACUUCAAAGCCGGACUGGACCAAGUGCUUGUCAAACCCAUCAUGCUCCCUGCCUUCAAACGGAUCAUCCAAGAAGCCCAGGACCGGCGUGCGGCGCGGCGCUCCCUCGCGACAGCAACAGCAGCAGCAGAAGCAACGGCGGCAGCCCCCUCGACGUCGACGUCCCCCACCUGAUGGCUCUAACCCGCGCUCGACGACACUCGCUUACCAUAUAAUCCGCUCCUUAAUCGGGCAUCUGUUUUCCAUCUCCUGUCUACACACACCAGUGCAUUCGUUUCGUUUCCAGGGCAUCCUCCGUUUGUAAUCAGAUAUCAAUAAUGUAGGUAAGAUACCCAUGUAGCUCUAUACACGUGCGACAGCUAUCUGUGCUCGGGCUAAUCUGGGCGUCGCAUGGAUGAUGGCAGGCCAGUAGGAUUUAAUUGUCUUGUGUACGACGAUAUACAGAACACAGCAUAAUGGUCAAUAGAUUAGCUCGCGGUCCUCGAAAUUCAGCGCGGCCUCUGGGUCAUCUUGAACCGCAUUCGCUCACUUCCGGUUUCUAAUAUCGAAGCAACACGGAGAAAGGCACUGACGGUAUAGUAUUAGUCGGAGCCUGACAAAAGCCCAGUUCAUCACCCUCGAGCACAUCCUACAAUCCACCCAUGUACUUAC